AUGGCUUCAAUUCCACCACCACCGCCUCCAGGAUGGAGUGCCGGCCCUCCGCCGCCCCCUCCAGGCAUGGCUCCGCCGCCAGGAUACCGACCUCCCGUUGAUCCGCAGGUUGCGAAGUUUUCACAGAAGAAAAAGGAAUGGCUUCGUAUCCAGCGCAAUCGAUUCGGGGAGAAGCGCAAGGGCGGCUUCGUCGAGACGCAGAAGGCAGACAUGCCUCCCGAGCACCUGCGCAAAAUCGUCAAAGAUAUUGGCGAUGUCAGUCAAAAGAAAUUCAGCAGUGACAAACGCAGUUACCUGGGCGCGUUGAAAUACAUGCCGCACGCGGUGUACAAGUUGCUAGAGAACAUGCCGAUGCCGUGGGAGAGUGCCCGAGAAGUCAAGGUUCUGUACCAUGUCAACGGGUGCUUGACGCUCGUCAACGAGAGUCCACGAGUUAUCGAACCCGUCUUUCAUGCUCAAUGGGCCACUAUGUGGGUGUGUAUGAGAAGGGAAAAAAGCGACAGACGACACUUCAAGCGCAUGCGGUUUCCCCCCUUCGACGACGAGGAACCACCUCUAUCCUGGUCGGAGAACAUUGAGGAUGUCGAGCCUCUGGAACCUGUCCAAAUGGAGUUGGACGAGAGCGAGGAUGGCCCGGUCUACGAAUGGUUCUACGAGCAUCGACCUCUAUUAGAUACACCCCAUGUCAACGGCCCGAGCUACAAGAAGUGGAAUUUGUCCUUGCCUCAAAUGGCAACACUCUACAGAUUGUCCCACCAGCUGCUGAGCGACGUGUCCGACCAGAAUUAUUUCUACCUCUUCGAUCGAGAAAGUUUCUUCACAGCCAAAGCCCUUAAUGUUGCUAUUCCGGGAGGGCCGCGUUUCGAGCCUCUGUACAAAGACAUUGACCCCAACGACGAGGACUUUGGUGAAUUUAACGCAAUCGACCGGAUUAUUUUCCGAGCACCCAUCAGAACCGAAUACAGAGUUGCAUUCCCUUAUCUAUACAAUUCUCUUCCCCGGAGCGUGAAAAUUUCGUGGUACCAUCAUCCUCAGGUCGUCUAUGCCAGGUCGGACGAUCCGAACCUGCCAGCGUUCUACUUCGACCCGGUCAUCAAUCCAAUCUCUUCAAGAUCUGUUGCUCCGAAGAACAUCACCAUUAGUCAUGAAGAUGAAAUCUUCGGCGCUGGUAAUGAUGAGGCCGACGAUUUCGAGCUUCCUGGAAAUGUCGAGCCCUUCCUGGCGGACGAAGAAUUGUAUACGAGCGAGACAGCUUCCGCAAUCUCGUUGUGGUGGGCUCCUUACCCGUUCGACCGCAGGUCCGGCAAGAUGGUCCGCGCCCAAGAUGUUCCGCUGGUUAAGCAGUGGUACCUCGAGCACUGCCCGCAAGGACAGCCGGUCAAAGUGCGAGUUUCAUACCAGAAACUGUUGAAGAGCUUUGUGCUGAACGAGCUGCACAAAAAGAAGCCAAAGGCUCAGAACAAGCAAGAUCUGCUUCGCACCUUGAAGUCCACCAAAUUCUUCCAGCAGACCACCAUUGACUGGGUCGAGGCUGGCCUGCAAGUGUGCCGGCAAGGCUUUAACAUGUUGAAUCUUCUGAUCCAUCGGAAGAAUCUAACGUAUCUCCACCUUGACUACAACUUCAACCUCAAGCCUGUUAAAACCUUGACCACAAAGGAGCGGAAGAAGUCACGCUUCGGCAACGCCUUCCAUUUGAUGCGUGAGAUCUUGAGGCUCACCAAGCUUAUUGUCGACGCUCAAGUUCAGUACAGACUUGGCAAUGUCGAUGCUUUCCAAUUGGCAGACGGCAUUAUGUAUGCUUUCAACCACGUUGGUCAGCUGACCGGCAUGUAUCGUUACAAGUACAAACUCAUGCAUCAAAUCAGAUCGUGCAAAGAUCUGAAGCACUUGAUCUACUACCGUUUCAACUCUGGUCCGGUCGGCAAAGGCCCAGGGUGCGGUUUCUGGGCUCCAGCCUGGCGAGUUUGGCUCUUCUUCAUGAGAGGUAUCAUCCCGUUGCUCGAGCGAUGGCUUGGAAACCUUCUUUCAAGACAGUUCGAAGGCCGACAUAGCAAGGGCGUUGCCAAAACAGUCACAAAGCAGCGUGUCGAGUCGCAUUUCGAUCUCGAGCUGCGGGCCUCCGUCAUGGCAGACUUGAUGGACAUGAUGCCUGAAGGCAUUAGGCAGAACAAGGUCAAUACCGUGCUACAGCAUCUGUCGGAGGCAUGGCGCUGCUGGAAGAGCAACAUUCCUUGGAAGGUUCCUGGCUUGCCUGCACCGAUUGAGAACAUUAUUCUGCGGUACGUCAAGAGCAAAGCUGAUUGGUGGGUCUCUGUGGCACAUUACAACCGUGAAAGAAUUAGGAGAGGCGCCACCGUUGACAAGACUGUGGCGAAAAAGAACCUGGGCCGCUUGACCAGGUUGUGGCUCAAGGCAGAGCAAGAGAGGCAGCACAAUUACCUGAAAGAUGGCCCGUACGUGUCUUCAGAAGAAGCCGUAGCUAUCUACACGACCACGGUGCACUGGCUUGAGUCACGCAAGUUCUCUCCUAUUCCUUUUCCCAGCGUGUCGUAUAAGCACGACACCAAGAUCUUGAUUCUGGCCCUCGAAAGACUGCGGGAAGCCUAUUCAGUCAAGGGUCGCCUAAAUCAGAGUCAGCGAGAAGAGCUGGCAUUGAUCGAACAGGCGUACGAUUCGCCCGGAACCACUCUGGCUAGGAUCAAGCGCUUCCUACUUACCCAACGAGCCUUCAAAGAGGUUGGAAUCGAUAUGAAUGACAAUUACAGCUCGAUCAACCCGGUGUAUGAUAUUGAACCCAUCGAGAAGAUCACGGAUGCCUACCUUGACCAGUACUUGUGGUAUCAAGCCGACACCCGACACCUCUUCCCAUCGUGGGUCAAGCCUUCGGAUUCGGAGGUACCGCCAUUACUGGUGUACAAGUGGGCGCAGGGCAUCAAUAAUCUCACAAAUGUGUGGGAAACCGCUGAUGGCGAAUGCAACGUCAUGAUUGAGACCCAGCUCUCCAAAGUCUAUGAGAAGAUCGAUCUGACAUUACUCAACCGUCUCCUCCGUCUCAUUAUGGACCACAAUCUGGCCGACUACAUCACGUCCAAGAACAACGUGCAGCUGAACUACAAAGACAUGAAUCACACAAACAGCUAUGGUUUGAUAAGAGGCCUGCAAUUCUCAGGGUUCGUCUUCCAAUACUACGGGCUGGUUAUCGACCUGCUUCUCCUUGGAUUGCAACGAGCUAGCGAGCUUGCAGGGCCACCUCAGAGCCCCAAUGAUUUCUUGCAAUUCCGAGACCGAGAAACCGAAACCAAGCAUCCAAUCCGACUGUACACCAGAUAUAUCGACAGAAUUUGGGUCUUCUUCAGAUUCACGGCGGAGGAGUCAAAGGAUCUUAUCCAACGCUUCUUGACUGAGCAGCCAGAUCCAAAUUUCGAAAACGUGAUUGGUUACAAGAACAAGAAAUGCUGGCCUCGCGAUUCCAGAAUGAGAUUGAUGAGACACGACGUCAACCUUGGACGGGCAGUCUUCUGGGAUUUGAAGAACCGACUUCCCCGUUCUAUCACCACUAUUGAAUGGGACGAUACUUUUGCGAGCGUCUAUUCGCGCAAUAACCCCAACUUGCUGUUCUCCAUGUGCGGAUUUGAAGUCAGGAUUUUACCAAAGAUCCGCAAUCUCGACGACGAGUUCCCCAUCAAGGACAGCGUGUGGGCCCUUGUCAACAAUGAGACCAAGGAGCGAACUGCAUACGCGUUCUUGCAGGUCACCGAGGAAGACAUUCAGAAGUUCAACAACCGUGUUAGGCAAAUCCUGAUGUCGUCUGGCUCCACGACCUUCACCAAGAUCGCCAACAAGUGGAACACGGCUCUGAUUGCCCUCUUCACCUACUACCGAGAAGCUGCCGUCUCGACCAUCAAUCUCUUGGACACCAUUGUCAAGUGUGAGACUAAGAUCCAGACUCGUGUGAAGAUUGGCUUGAACUCCAAGAUGCCUUCCCGUUUCCCUCCCGCGGUUUUCUAUACUCCCAAGGAGCUUGGCGGCUUGGGCAUGAUCUCCGGAUCUCAUAUACUGAUCCCAGCCAGUGAUAAACGAUGGUCUAAACAAACCGACACCGGGGUGACGCACUACCGAUCUGGCAUGACCCAUGAUGAAGAAACGUUGAUUCCCAAUAUCUUCCGCUAUCUCACCCCCUGGAAUGAUGAAUUUAUUGAUUCCCAACGAGUGUGGACGGAAUAUUCUCAGAAGAGACUGGAGGCGAAUCAACAGAACCGCAGACUGACACUUGAAGAUCUCGAAGAUUCUUGGGAUCGAGGUCUGCCACGUAUCAACACCCUCUUCCAGAAGGAUCGAAGCACUUUGUCGUUCGAUAAGGGUUUCAGAGCCCGGACUGAGUUCAAGCAGUAUCAGCUGAUGAAGAGCAAUCCUUUCUGGUGGACAAGUCAGCGACACGAUGGCAAAUUGUGGAAUCUGAAUGCCUAUCGCACUGACGUUAUCCAAGCUCUGGGUGGUGUCGAAACUAUUCUCGAACACACCCUUUUCAAGGCCACCGCAUUCCCGUCCUGGGAAGGUCUCUUCUGGGAGCGUGCUUGUCUAGCUUACGGGACUCUGUUACUACGCCAUGAUGGCUCCAAGGUCGCCGUCGAGGGUGUCAAGGAGGGAGAUCUUUUGCUGGGUGUUGAUGGUGGUGCCCGCCGAGCAUUCAACAUCGUCAAGGGAACAGAUCGUCUGUAUCGCAUCAAGAUCAGCUCUGACAAGGAGGAUCUUGUCGUCACACCGAACCACAUACUGGUUCUACAUCGGGGAGCUGAGCGCUCCGAUACGGUUGAGAUGACCGCCGCCGAAUUCGCCUCCUUGAAGUCAGCAGAGAGGGCCGAAUACCGGCUCUUCACAUCUCCUGCGGUCAAUAGUUCCACCCCGCAAAUGCAUCGCUUUGCCGUCGAGGACAUCACACUCGAGUCUGAGCCUACGAAGUGGGCUGGUUUCCGCGUCGACAAGGAUCAACUCUACCUCCGCCACGACCACAUGGUGCUUCACAACAGUGGCUUCGAAGAAUCAAUGAAGUUCAAGAAGCUCACCAAUGCUCAGCGGUCCGGUCUCAAUCAGAUCCCGAACCGUCGGUUCACUUUGUGGUGGUCACCUACCAUAAAUCGUGCCAAUGUUUACGUGGGAUUCCAGGUCCAGCUAGAUCUCACAGGAAUCUUUUUGCAUGGCAAAAUCCCAACAUUGAAAAUCUCUCUGAUUCAGAUUUUCAGGGCUCACUUGUGGCAGAAGAUUCACGAGUCGGUGGUCAUGGAUUUGUGCCAGGUUUUUGACCAAGAGCUAGAGCAAUUGGGCAUUGAAACGGUCCAGAAAGAAACCAUCCAUCCUCGAAAAUCGUACAAGAUGAAUAGCUCUUGUGCAGACAUCCUCCUGUUCGCGAGCCACAAGUGGAAUGUCACUCGACCGUCGCUCCUCUUCGACACCAAGGAUCAGAUUGAAGCUACGACGACGAAUAAGUUCUAUCUAGACAUACAGUUGAGAUAUGGUGACUAUGAUUCUCACGACAUCGAGCGAUAUGUCCGGGCCAAGUAUCUUGACUACACGACCGACAGCAUGAGCAUCUAUCCAUCCGCAACCGGCCUCAUGAUUGGCAUCGAUCUCGCCUACAACCUGUACUCGGCAUAUGGACAGUACUUCCCUGGACUGAAAGCUCUCAUCCAGCAAGCAAUGGCUAAGAUCAUGAAGGCCAAUCCCGCUCUUUACGUACUGCGUGAGCGUAUCAGGAAGGGUCUCCAAUUGUACGCUUCCGAAAGCACUCAGGAGUUCUUGAACUCGCAGAACUACUCAGAGUUGUUCAGCAAUCAGACUCAGUUAUUUGUUGACGACACCAAUGUAUACAGGGUCACCAUUCACAAGACCUUCGAAGGUAACUUGACUACAAAGCCCAUUAAUGGAGCCCUAUUUAUAUUCAAUCCGAAGACGGGACAACUUUUCUUGAAGAUCAUUCACACUAGCGUGUGGGCCGGUCAGAAGCGUCUCGGUCAAUUGGCCAAAUGGAAGACAGCCGAAGAAGUUGCCGCACUCAUCAGAUCUCUACCUGUCGAGGAGCAGCCCAAGCAGUUGAUUGUAACUCGCAAAGGUCUCCUGGACCCGCUUGAAGUCCAUCUUCUCGACUUCCCGAACAUUUCCAUUCGGGCAUCGGAGUUGCAGCUUCCAUUCCAGGCGGCGAUGAAAGUUGAGAAGUUGGCCGACAUGAUUCUCCAGGCCAAGGAACCCCAGAUGGUGUUGUUCAAUCUGUACGAUGAAUGGCUGAAGACCAUCUCAUCGUACACGGCAUUCUCCAGGCUGAUCCUCAUCCUACGUGCCUUACACGUCAAUACCGACAAGACCAAGUUGAUUCUCCGACCUGACAAGACUGUUAUAACCCAACCUCAUCACAUUUGGCCUAGUCUGUCGGACGAGGACUGGAUCAAGGUUGAAGUACAGUUGAGAGAUUUGAUCCUGAACGACUAUGGGAAGAAGAACAACGUCAACGUCCAGUCUCUCACCAGCAGCGAAGUCCGAGACAUCAUUCUAGGUAUGGAGAUCUCGGCACCUUCUCUGCAGAGACAGCAAGCUGCCGAAAUCGAAAAGCAGCAGCAGGACCAGCAACAGUUGACUGCCGUGACCACCAAGACCCAGAACGUCCGAGGAGAGGAGAUCAUUGUUACAACCACUUCGCAAUACGAACAACAGUCCUUUGCCUCCAAGACUGAAUGGCGUACCAGGGCUAUUGCCACCUCCAACCUCCGAACCCGGGCGAACAACAUCUACAUCUCUAGCGAUGAUAUCCACGAGUCUGAUGAUUCAUACACCUACGUUCUUCCCAAGAACGUCCUCAAGAAGUUCAUCACGAUUUCGGAUCUCCGCGUCCAAGUGGCUGGAUAUCUCUACGGCUCGUCUCCACCCGACAACGACCAGGUCAAAGAGAUUCGCACGAUCGUCAUGGUGCCCCAAGUGGGCAGCACGCGUGAAGUCCAACUGCCACAUCAGCUCCCACAACACGAGUACCUGAAGACCAUGGAGCCGCUGGGCAUCAUCCAUACUGCCUCUGGGAAUGAGCCGUCGUACAUGACACCCCAGGAUGUAACCAUGCACUCACGUCUCAUGGCGCAGCAUCCAUCAUGGGACAAGAAGACCGUCACACUCGUCAUCUCCUUCACUCCUGGCUCUGUUUCAUUAUCGGCCUGGUCGCUUACCCCGGCAGGUUAUACGUGGGGCGCCAGUAACAAGGACACUCAAUCUGACAAUCCAGUCGGAUUCUCGACCUCCUUUGGCGAGAAAACGCAGCUUCUGUUAUCCGACAAGGUCCGUGGCUUCUUCUUGGUGCCGGAGAAUGACAGUUGGAAUUACAGUUUCAUGGGGGCAAGCUUCUCCGCUGUCGAGAAGAGGCCGGUCUAUGUCAAGAUCGACACCCCACGGCGGUUUUACGAAGACAGGCAUCGACCUAUUCACUUCAGCAGCUUCAAUGAAUUAGAGGAUAUUUGGGCGGAUAGAGAGGAUGCAUUUGCGUGA